GAGGAGAGAACACACACUCUGUUACUGACUCCUCAAGUGGCCUAUUGUACACACACACACACACACACACACACACACACACACACACACACACACACACACACACACACACACACAUACACACACACUCCGGACUGACCACCUCAGGAUACAUCCCUCAGGACUUUUUUUCCCAUAAUGCACCAGCGGAGCCUCUCGGAGCUCCAGGGGGUCUCCAAUCGAAGGACUUCCCAGGAUGGAGCCUUGCGGAGCUCCAGGCCGAGGAAGGGGUCCGGGCGCCGGUGUCUGCCCGCCGAGGGGGCCCCUCUCUGGGCAUGGCUCCUGCUGGGGGCCCUGGUGGUUCCUGGAGCCUGGAGCUAUCUGAGCGAGGAGCAGGAGGAGCUGCUGGUGGAGCUUCACAACUAUUACAGAGGACAGGUUUCACCCACCGCCUCCGCCAUGCUGCCUCUGAGAUGGGACCCGAGCCUGAAGGUGAUCGCAGAGGGCUACGCUGCUAAAUGCAUCUGGAACCACAACCCAGACCUGGAGGACACCGGAGAGAACCUGUUUGCCGGUACCGGACCUCCGGACCUCCGAGACGCUCUGGAGAAAUGGUUCCUGGAACAUCUGGACUAUAACUUCCACAACAACAGCUGUGAUGAAGACAAGAUGUGUGGACACUACACACAGAUGGUGUGGGCAGACACACACAGAGUCGGCUGUGCGAUCCAUCUCUGUAACAACAUGGAGGGUUUAGACUGGGAGAGAGUCUCCUUCCUCGUCUGCAACUACUACCCAGCAGGGAACUACGAGGACCAGAGGCCGUUUGUUGAAGGUGAAUGGUGCUCCAGAUGUCCAGAGAACCUGCAGAAAUGUGAAAACAACCUCUGUGUUCCUGACUCGGUGGAUGAGGGGGACGAGGAGGACGAGGAGGAGGAGGUUGAUGAUGAAGACGAGGUGAACGAAGAGGAGGGGACAGAUGUUCCUCUACCAGGAACAUCUGCUCCCUCCCUCCAGCCUGAAGAAGAGGAAGAAGAGGAGGUAGUUGUUCCGCCUUCUGCGACAACUGAGCUUUAUGUCCCGCCUGCCACCACCCCUGCUCCUGCCAGUACUCCCAGUAUCACCACCACCACCACCACCACCGCAGCAGCAGCAGCAGCAGAAGAAGACUCAGAGGACCCCGAACCAACAGCUACACCAGACCCGGGAACCCACCCUCCAGAAGUCCCCCCAAAUACUCCAGGAGAGGAGGAGACGACUGAAGAAAAGAUGGAGGAGAAGAAGGAGGAAGAGAAGAGGAAGGACACUUCAGAUGUGAUGGAGGGAAAGGAGGAGAUAGACGUAACACGAAACAUUUACCAGAACACGAAAGGUAGCGUCGCCGGUGCUGAUUCAGCGUCUUCACCUUUUCUCCUGUUAGCAUGUCUGACUGGGAUCCUGACUCUGAGGCUGUGAGGAGGAGGAGGAGGAGGAGGAGGAGGAGGAGGAGGAGACACCUCGUUGACUGCACACCACCUUGUUAACCCGUCCCCGUGGUAACAAACAUGUUCCCCGUCUCUCUUCGCUCUGCAGAAUUAAUGUGGGUCAAUUAAUAAUUCACACAGAAAACAGCUGCCAUGUUUCCCAACAUCUGCAUGUAGUCCGGGCCGAGAUCUGGGUCGAAUAAUGUGGUGCAUCACCUGCUUCUACCUGCUUGGAAUACAAACAAACAGCUUCUUUACACUGACAGGAACUAAAUAUGUUGUUUUCACAUAAAGGAGACGCAUUUACAGGAUAUAUAUUAAACCGCUAACAGAGACAAAAGGGGCUUAAUGGAGGUAAAACAUCUGGUUUUGACUCCUGAUUUCAGAAAGCAGCCUCAGAGCUGGAGUCAGGAAGUGGUUAGCCUAGCUUAGCAUAAAGACUGGAAGCAGGGGGAAACAGCUAGCGUGGUCUGUGGAAACAGGAGCGCCGUGGGUAGUUAGCAUACAGGCUAAGAUCACAAAGCUAUCUCUCUUUCUAUACAGAUGUUUUUUUGUGUCUUAAAUGGAAACAUCUGUAUUUUUCUAAUCUGGUCCGUCCAAUAAAAGAGCUUUGUUUUUGCCGCUGACGGGCUCAGAUUGAUAUUAUAAAUGUCCCAAAACAUUAUGAAAAGAACCCUAAAGAGAAAUAAAACCUUUUUUCUUCACCACAACCUCGAACCGGCCGUUCGGUAUCGUGUCUCCAUCAACGAGAAGUCUCGUUCUGAGAGAUGAUUCGUUUUUGUGAGAGUGAGAGAAAUUGGAUUAUUUUUUAAAAAUCUAGCGUACUUUUGCUAGAAUAUAAAGAUAACCAACCCUAGAUUCAACGCUCAUUCUUGAUCCCGCCUACAAAGCUCUGAUUGGUCGAUUGGUGUUCAGAGCUCUGAAAGCAUGCUAGCUGUUUCCCUUUGCCUCCAGUCUUUGUGCUAAGCUAGGCUAAUCGUAUAGAUUUUCUUAUCUACAACUAUUGGUAAAACCUCAGAUAAAAAAAUAUUCCUUAGUCCUUAUUCCAUGUUUUUUUUUACCAUAGUGGGUUUUAAAGUUUAUCUUGAUGUCGUUUUGUUGAGCUCAUAAAACCACCACUAAUAAAACACUGAAACAUCUGAUAAAACACAAAGCUUUUCAACCACUAAUGAGUUUAAUUACAGACCAGUUUGACAUUGAACUGUGUUCAUUCGGUUUUAGAGCUGUAGAGAGACGUUACUCAUUAUUAUGAAUAAAAGCUCUCAGAUCGCCUCCUCGUGCUUUAAAUAUACAGUUUCAUCUCAUGUUAGUGUUUAGUGAAUGCAGGAGAAAUGAUUUGUUUGUUAUUUGUUGUUACUGACGACCCUGCUUCUUCUUUUGUUUCUUGUUCAUAAUAUAUAUAUAAAUAUAUCUCCUGUGCAUCAUUUAUUCUCUCAGACUGGAACAACAACUGGACAGAGUCUCUAAUACUUCACAUCAUUUCUGUUCAACCUUUAAUAACUUUAGCAACGACUGCUGUAAAUGUUUGUAAAUAAGAUUAAUAAAGAA